AUGGCAGAAAUGGCAAAGUUGAAACAUCCCAUCAGUUGCAAGGCUCUUACAAAGCCAUCAAAGGGACAGAAGCCACUGCCGUUCACAGGAGGGUUUAUUCCAAACAAACCAACACAAAACAAGGUCUAUUCCUUCUACCUAACCAAGGUUGAUGCUUUGUUUGAUGAGAUGCUGCUACAUAAGGCAAUCAAGACACUCCACAGGUUGCCCAAGCCAAAAGAACUCAAGGGCAGACAGUAUUGCAGGUGGCACAACUCUUGGAACCAUUCCACCAACAGUUGUGUUGUUUUCAGAGAUGUCAUACAGGAAGGAAUAACAGCAGGAAGGCUAAAACUGGCGGAGAAACCUCCCUCAGUUACAACAGACGCUUUUCCCCAACCUCAAGUCAACAUGGUCAACUUAAAUUGGCCAGAAGAUAGGCCAAAGGCAACCAUCUCUGUUGGGGUAGUGCUGUGCAGCAAGUGCAAGUGUGAAAGUGAAUUAGAAGUUACUCUGGACAUACAAAAUCAGCUUACACCUAGCGUUUCGUACAGAAGUGGAAUAUCAUACCAACAUAGUCCAGUUCCGGCUUCAUCUAAAGACAGAGCCAGACAUAAGGACUAUCUUAGGCCUGCUCACUGCAACAGAAGAAUGACAGAGCAGCCCAAGAAUGAAAUACCAAUUAAGAUGCCCGGGAAUGAAAAACCCUUGGCAACUAUCAUAGAAGGCAGAUGGUAUUCUGUUGGAAAAAGCGGUAGACCAACUCUGGAGUUAACCAAAACUCAGAAAAGGAGAGUUCAAAGGCAAUACUGCACCUUCCUAAAAAACAGGGGCGACACACAGGUACUUCCAGAGACCAGUUCUACUAGAAGAGGGAAGAAUCCUGAAGUAGCCCCCCAGGCAGAAUAA